GGAAUCAAAUCUCCUUUGCACAGGAUUGUACUUUAUAAACAUAUAUAAACACACAUGACAUCAAAAGCCAUGACGUAUUCAACAAUGAAACGGUCACUGGAGAUUGAGUUAAUAUCAGCGGAAGGACUCAAGGUAGAUCGAAAACCUGUGAAGAGAAAGACAUUCUGCGUCCUCAAAAUAGACCAGGAGACUCGAGCUUGUAAACCGGAUGAACUUGGUGGGAGUUAUCCGGUUUGGAAAAAUAAGAUCGAGAUGGACAUAGCGAUGAACGGGAGUGUAAGGUUUAUCUCUAUCGAGGUGUUAUAUAAAACAAGUGGUGGAGCUGAGAAGAGUGUUGGUCUCGCUAAGAUUCCACUGACGGAUUUCAUGGGAGGUUUUGCUCCUCAAGGGCAUUUAAACUUCUUGAGUUACAGGUUGAGAGAUGAGUAUGGUGACAAAAGCGGGAUCGUCAAUGUGUCAAUAAUGGUGAAGCCUGACGGUAACAGUUUAAAAUACUCACCUCCUUCAGUGCCGGCUCCAGCGGGUUAUAAGGCGUGUUCUUCACAGGCGGCGGCGAAUGGUCAUAUGUGGAGACCGAGGACAUCUUCAUCAACGGCUGUGACGGCUGGUUAUGGAGGUCGUGUAGUAACAGGACUUCCUGUUUGGGGUGCGUUUCCACGGUCGUCUUAAGUUCUUGUUUUUACACUUUUGUCUGAACAGAUUUCUCUUAAUGUUUUUGUUUGCAAUAUAUGUAUUCCGAAAAUGGGGAUUCAGGGUGAAAAAAUGCUUGAUUAAUCAUGAAAUCUGGUACAUAAAUAAGUAUUAUGAAAUAAAAAAAUAAGGUACAUUUUACC